AGGUGUCGCUUUUGACCCGUGUUGCUUCACUCCCCAACAUGGCGACGGCGAUCCCGAAAAUCGACGUCCUUUCCUCCAGAGUUACUCGCGUUCUGGGCCUGAACCCCGGUCCCUUCACUCUCCGGGGGACAAACACGUACCUGGUAGGAACAGGGAAAAGUCGUAUCCUGAUAGACACCGGGGAUGCUGGGAUACCAGGCUAUGUUCCUAACCUCCGUGAAGCCCUGCAGUCCAGCGGUACAGCGUUACAGGAGAUCCUCAUCACACACUGGCAUCACGACCAUGUGGGGGGGAUCCCAGCGAUAUGGCAGGCCUUCCAACUAGUUUCGCCCUUCAGAAUCAGCAAGCUGCCCAGAAACCCCAGUGGAGGGGGGUCAAAGGACACAGAGGGGUACAGUCCCCCCCAGGGGGAGGAGACAACAGGAGUCCCGGGGGUGGGGUAUUCUUACCUCAGGGAGGGGGACGUCAUCAAAACUGAAGGAGCUACACUCAAAGCCAUCUACACCCCAGGCCACACAGAUGACCACAUGGCCUUACUACUAGAGGAGGAGAACGCUGUGUUCUCUGGGGACUGUAUACUGGGAGAGGGCACAACCGUUUUUGAGGAUCUCUACGACUACAUGAAGUCCCUUCAGAAGCUAGCGGGAUUCAAACCCGCAACCAUCUAUCCGGGCCACGGGCCGAUCGUACAGAAUGCCACAGAGAAGAUCCAGGAGUACAUAAACCACAGAAACAUGAGAGAGUCCCAGAUACUGGCGGCACUGCAGAAGGCUAGCAAGACUCCACUCACAGCCAUGGAGAUUGUCAAAAUGGUUUAUGUGGACACACCAGAACACCUACACAAGGCCGCAGCAGGAAACGUUACACACCAUCUUCAUAAACUGGUCAAGGAUGGGGUAAUAGACAAAUUUGGGGACCCUUCGGCUCCAAAGUGGGCAUUGAGCAAGUUGUAAAAAAUUUUUUUUCUGUUUGUAACUAUAGGAUAUUAUAAUGAAUUCUAUAAAAAUGAUGGUUUCAAUUGUUAUGUUUUCUCACCUUACGUAAACAGUUGCAUAUCAUUUUUUAUUUGGAAGUUGCAUAAAAUGCAUUGAUCAAUUUAAUGAUAUCAAAUAUUUAAGAAAAGGAGUUGUUAUUUUUGAAAAAAAAGUGUUAUGUCAAGAAACAAUUGCAAACAGGAAAGAUGUGGUAGAUAGUUGAUGAGAAAUGCAAAACAAUAACAUUUGAUAAAUCGCUUGCAAUGUACAUGUAUUGAACAAAACUGGUAUGUAGAAAACUGCUACAGACUUAAAUGCUACAAAUGGCAACAAAACAACAAAAUAAAUUUGAAAUUGUGACAGUUUUAGAAAACCAGUUGACUUUGUGCAGCAUGUCUUUGCACAGUUCAUGAUGAAAGAUACAAAGUAAUCAUGCUAAUAAAAUAAUGCUACGAAAAAGAUGUUCUACAUGACAUACAUAUUAUGAAGGCUUUUUGCUCUCAAGAAUUUUGUGGCUAAAAUAUUACAUAAAGGGCCCUUAAACAUAACUGUAUGACUACUUUGUUGUGUUCCUUAAAAAAAUUAAUAACAUUUUGUACAUACGAGUAAUUUUCUGGCAUAAAGCUUCUCUAAAAUGUAAAAAAAAAUGUAUUGAUAUGUAACCAAGAAAAUAUAAAGAUUGACAGUGUACUACAAAAAUGGUGUGUUUGCCAUCCUUGCUGGAUACAGGUGUCCAUACAUAGACCAAAAACUUGGCCAUGCACAUAACAUAUGCAGCAAUAUACAUAUAGUAUACAUAUUGUUACUGUGAAAAAAGGGUUCUUGAUUGUAAAUGUUAGAAAAAAAUUAGAGUCAAAAUCUUAUAGAUUGCUGCUGCUUAAAGUACAAUUUAUGGUAUAAUUCAGAAAUCCAGUGCUUGGAAAUGCAGUUUAAACUUACCCUUUCUUGAAAGUUUGUAGUUUUCUUAGUAAACAGAAUAAUUUCAUCUCAUUCAGACAUACAAUAAACCAUAACAUAUAUUACUGUACUAGUCUUGACUCUUCACCAAGUUUAGAGCAAACAAUACAAAGCCAAGACAGUUUUUUUGUGUCUAUUGUCUAAUUUUACAUUGUCACUUAGUGAACAUGGCACCCUAAUUAUCAAGCUAUUACAAACAGAUGAUAUUGCUUACUGGUAUACAAGGCACUAUGCCACAUUUUGUUGUGGUCAUACUAGUCACUAUUGGCAGUGAAUAAAGAAG